AUGGGCGGGAGCUUGACCUCCUUCCAGUCCCUGCACAUCGUCCUGCUGGGGCUGGACUCUGCCGGGAAGACCACCGUUCUCUACCGUCUCAAACUGAACGAGUUUGUCAACACGGUUCCCACCAUCGGCUUCAACAGUGAGAAGAUCCGUCUGAGCUCCGCCAAGGGCCUGAGCGUGCACCUGUGGGACGUGGGCGGUCAGGAGAAACUGCGGCCGCUGUGGAGGUCGUACAGCCGCGGCGCCGACGGCAUCAUCUACGUGGUGGACUCGGUGGACGUGGAGCGGCUGGAGGAGGCCCGCGGAGAGCUGCAUAAGAUGGCCAAGCUGAGCGAGAACCAGGGAGCUCCUCUGCUGGUCAUCGCCAACAAGCAGGACCUGCCGCGGAGCCUGCCGGUGGGGGACGUGACCAAACGGCUGGCCCUGGAGGAACUGGGGCCCCACACGGCGUACCACGUCCAGCCCGCCUGCGCCAUCAUCGGGGAGGGUCUGCACGAGGGUCUGGAGAAGCUCUGCCACAUGAUCAUGAAGAGGAGGCAGAGCACAAAGAGGAAGUGA